CUCCACCGAUUUCUAUCUGACUCGCUUCAACCUCUCUCUCUCUCUCUCUCUCUGAAAGAAGCAGAAGCAUACAGUCACCGCCUCUCUCUAUAAAUUGGAGCAGAAGCUCCCCAUUAAUCACCACUAACCUUCUCAAUCAACCUGCCCUUUCUCUCUCUCUCUCUGUGAAGAAAGCAGAAGCACAGUCACCUCUCUCUAAAUUGGAAGCCGAAGCUCCACAUUAAUCACCACUCACCUUCAGUCAAUCACCCUUCCCUCUCACUCUCUUUCCGACGCCUCCAGAUUAUACCACAUGGCUUCACUUUUGACGUUCAUGACCUUCUUGUUGGUCGGGCUCUGCACUGUCCAAGCCGUGGUUCUAACACUGCGGCCUGCAGUCUCCCCCAUUUAUCCGGUCGACUUACACCAGGUUCGACUACGGGAUCACGUAAGACACGUGAGAAUAUUCGAACAUUUUAUCGGCGGCUGGGUCAACAUAACGAUGUCCUAUGAUGUUGUGUUCGAAAACAUCGGGAUGUAUUUUACUAAAUUGGAGUUGGGCUCUCCUCCUCGAGAGUUUGAGGUGUUGUUCGACACCGGCAGCGAUCUUAGUUGGGUUGCAUGCAGCUCCUGUGCCGAUUGCCCCCGGUCUAGUGGGCUUAGAAUCCCAAUAAAUUUUUAUGAUAUUACUAGCUCACAGACUGCGAAAUUGGUGAGUUGCUCGCGCCAUAAGUGCAAUGGCUUAGGAGCCACGUGCUCUAAGACUAACCAGUGCAAUUAUCAUGUCAAAUAUGGAGAUGGAGAUGAGGUUGACGGUUAUUAUGUUUCCGACGUCAUCCACUUUGACAUGUUAACCUCCCAAUUUAACUCUUCGGAGUUCAUUGUUUUUGGGUGUACUGAGAAUAUGUCGGGUCUAUUAACAACCAACAACCUUGCAUUUAGUGGAAUAGUUGGGUUCGGCCCUGGACAACUAUCCGUUAUUUCUCAGUUAUCCUCUCGAGCGUCAACUCCGAAAGUUUUCUCUCAUUGUCUGAGGGGAGACAGAGGUGCAGGGGGUGUGCUUGCUCUCGGCGAGGUAAUAGAGCCGAGAAUAAUCUACACUCCUCUUAUCGGAUCAAGGCACUAUAAUGUAGAGCUCGAGAGUAUUUCGGUCGAUGGGAAAGUGUUACCUGUUGAUCGAAAAACAUUUCGAGACGUACUUGUUGAUUCCGGUACAACACUGGCUUACCUUCCUGAAGUAGCCCUCACUGCUUUCAUUACCGCUGUAAAUAUCGCCAUUCCAAAAUCUGUAACUACCGGUAUUGGAGCAGGGAGACAAAUCUAUGAAGUCCCCAGUUUCAUCAGCAUGGCCAACGCAUUUCCUCCAGUCAGUUUAACUUUUCCCGGUGGUGUGUCCAUGUUGCUGAAACCGCAAGAAAUGGUGUUACUACUUGGGAGAUUGCAUUUCAGAAAUCUCAGGGACCGGUCACAAUCUUUGGAGAUAUUAUUCUCAAAGAUAAGAUAAUCGAAUACGAUUUAGCACGACAGCGCUUGAGAUGGCCAACCCGAGAUUGUACGUUUAUGAAUCUACAUGAACUGUUACGACUUAGAGACUGAAGAUGUAAUAUUUCCUUUUACUCAGAAUAUAUGAUUGAAAGCUCUCUCUCCUCUUCUUCGAUUCCUUUAGUUUCUUCUUAUUUAAGAUUUCUGUAAUUCAAUAGCGUUAAUAGAUCUUGCCAUCGAUGUACACUUCACA